CUCCUUCUCCAAUGACCAAUACUGCCAGUGCUCACCCCACCUUCUGUUUCGCAAAACACAGACUGUGAGAGAGAGUUAUGGAAAUUGGACAAUGAGAAUGUAUGUAUGUGGAUGAGGUUUUAACAAAUCAUAAUAAUGCUGACCCAUGAGCUAAGCCAAAUAUCACUCUCACGUGACCACUCUCAUUCAUUUCAUUAUAUAUAAAACUUAUAUCGUCUCUUGCACAGCAUUCAUCCUAAAUUCUAGCAGCUUACUCCAUUUAGGGUAGCUGUUUGGUGGUGGUUCAAGACUCGGUUAGGCUUUCAGUCUCAUUUACUCACUCCUUUGACAAAUUUGGUUCUUCGUUAAUCUGUUUCCUUUUCUUAUCCAUCUGUUUCUUCGUCAUGGCCGCUGGACAACUAUUCUCGCGUACUACACAAGCUUUGUUUUACAACUACAAGCAACUUCCCAUCCAACGGAUGCUUGACUUUGACUUUCUUUGUGGUAGAGAAACACCAUCAGUUGCUGGAAUUAUUAAUCCUGGUUCGGAGGGAUUUCAAAAACUCUUUUUUGGUCAGGAGGAAAUUGCAAUCCCAGUUCAUGCUGAUAUUGAAGCAGCUUGUGCUGCACACCCUACUGCUGAUGUGUUCAUCAAUUUUGCAUCGUUUAGAAGUGCGGCUGCAUCAUCCAUGUCUGCUUUAAAGCAGCCGACAAUUAGAGUUAUUGCUAUUAUUGCUGAAGGCGUCCCUGAGUCAGACACUAAGCAAUUGAUAGCGUAUGCCCGGGCAAACAAUAAGGUUGUUAUUGGUCCAGCCACUGUCGGAGGAAUUCAAGCUGGUAGUUUUAAGAUAGGUGACACUGCUGGAACAAUUGAGAACAUAAUUCAGUGCAAGCUCUACCGGCCUGGAUCUGUUGGAUUUGUUUCUAAAUCUGGUGGGAUGUCAAAUGAAUUAUACAACACUAUUGCCCGUGUGACUGAUGGAAUUUAUGAAGGCAUUGCCAUUGGCGGAGAUGUUUUCCCAGGUUCCACACUCUCUGACCAUGUUUUGCGGUUUAACAACAUACCACAGGUUAAAAUGAUAGUAGUACUUGGUGAGCUUGGUGGGCGAGAUGAGUAUUCUCUGGUGGAAGCCCUAAAACAAGGGAAAGUGACAAAGCCAGUCGUUGCCUGGGUUAGCGGAACCUGUGCAAGACUCUUCAAAUCUGAAGUACAAUUUGGUCAUGCUGGAGCAAAAAGUGGCAGUGACAUGGAGUCUGCUCAAGCAAAGAAUCAGGCACUAAAAGACGCUGGAGCUGUUGUUCCCACUUCAUAUGAGGCUUUUGAAGCUGCAAUAAAGGAAACAUAUGACAAACUGGUUGGAGAAGGAAAGAUCACACCUAUUAAAGAGUUUACUCCUCCACCAAUUCCUGAGGACCUUAACAUUGCAAUUAAGAGUGGAAAAGUACGUUCUCCAACUCACAUUAUUUCCACCAUCUCUGAUGACAGAGGUGAGGAGCCCUGCUAUGCUGGUGUACCCAAGUCUACCAUUAUUGAAAAUGGUUAUGGUGUGGGGGAUGUUAUCUCUCUUUUGUGGUUCAAACGUAGCCUUCCCCGUUACUGUACUCAAUUUAUUGAGAUAUGUAUCAUGCUGUGUGCUGACCACGGUCCUUGUGUCUCUGGUGCUCACAAUUCUAUAGUAACAGCAAGGGCUGGAAAAGACCUUGUCUCCUGUCUUGUAUCGGGCUUGCUUACAAUUGGUCCUCGAUUUGGGGGUGCCAUUGAUGAUGCUGCACGGCAUUUUAAGGAUGCUUAUGACAGGAAUCUUACACCUUAUGAAUUUGUUGAAAGUAUGAAGAAGAAGGGCAUCCGUGUUCCUGGAAUAGGGCACAGAAUCAAGAAUAGGGAUAACAAAGAUAAGAGAGUCGAGCUGCUACAAAAGUUUGCACGCACACAUUUUCCAUCUGUGAAAUACAUGGAGUAUGCUGUUGAAGUUGAAAACUACACCCUCACCAAGGCAAAUAAUCUAGUUUUAAACGUCGAUGGUGCAAUUGGGUCGCUUUUCUUGGAUCUCCUAGCUGGUAGCGGAAUGUUCACCAAACAAGAGGUUGACGAAAUUGUGGGAAUUGGCUAUCUGAAUGGGCUUUUUGUUUUGGCACGCUCCAUUGGUCUGAUAGGGCAUACCUUUGACCAAAAGAGAUUGAAACAGCCACUCUACCGCCAUCCAUGGGAAGAUGUUCUGUACACAAAAUGAGGGGUUCUGUAUUGCUGAAAGAACUUUGCUAUGCUUCAGAUAAGCUGUUUUUCGGGAAAUCAUGCAUCAAUGCUGGAAUGAUUUUGUUUUUUAGUUGUUAGACUAGUGUACGGGGGGCUUAUUGGUAUCUAGCUGUUUAUAAGUUGUAUUAAAAAUUAAUUUAAGAAAUAACUUAGUUAAAUUAAAAUUAUUCUUCUUGCUCUUGAUGAA